GAAAGAGAGCAGCAGAUAAGAGAGAACAAGUCACAAAACAUGAGCUGAAAUGCUCAUCCCGUUUUUCAGCAGGCAGCAGCAGAAAAAUUCUGUUUCCCGGAUAUUGAACCGUUGGAUCGUAGUGAUUUUUGGACAGCAGCUUCACAGAAUCUGGGCCAACAUUCUGGACGGUGGAGAUCGGGUGUUGAGGUCCGGAGGUCGGGUUUCGUUGGUCUGGACAGUAGCUAUUUUUCUGGUGAUAUUUUUCUUAUCUUGGCUCUAUUUGAUUCCAUACACCUUGAUGUGCUUACUUCCAAGGAUAUGAUGAUUUUGUAUGCCUCUAGUAUUAUCUAGAGAAGACUUUGUACUGAUCCUUUGAUGAUGAUAGUGGAUUUAAGCGGCCAAAAUGGUCCCGUGGUUUUUCCCUAGUUAACGGGUUUUCCACGCUAAAAUUCCGGUGUUUGUGUGUGGUGUGUGCUUACUGUUUUAGCUGAAUAUAUUGGUGUGUGGCAGAAAUAUUGUGUGUGUUCUAAUUGCAUUAAGAACACCCUAUUUAUUUGCAUCCUCAAAGGUUCAUUCAAGUUGGGGAAAGUUUAGCCAAACGGAGAUUAAUUCCGCAUUUUAUUAGUUCCGUUUGUGGCUGUUUUUCCCAUCAAAUUGGUAUCAGAGCCGAGUUCUUCUGUAUUGGGUUAAACUUGUUUGAAUGAUGGAAGCAAACACAAGUAGGAUGAUCAAUUUGAAUGGUUCUAAUUAUCAUGUUUGGAAAGGCAAAAUGGAAGACCUACUUUAUGUGAAGGAUUAUUAUUUGCCUGUGUUUACUACUGAUAAAUCUGAGAGUAAAACAGAUGCAGAGUGGAAUAUUUUGCAUAGACAGGUUUGUGGGUAUAUUCGCCAAUGGGUUGAUGAUAAUGUUUUGAACCAUAUUAGCGGGGAAACUCAUGCUCGCAGUUUGUGGAACAAGCUUGAACAGUUGUAUGCUCGAAAGACCGGGAACACUAAAUUGUUCUUAAUAAAACAGAUGAUGAGCUUGAAAUACCAUGAUGGAACUCCUGUCACUGAUCAUUUGAAUUCUUUUCAGGGAAUCAUAAAUCAACUUGCAGGAAUGGGUAUCAAGUUUGAAGAUGAGAUACAAGGCUUGUGGCUCCUUGGCACUUUACCGGACUCAUGGGAGACUUUUAGGACAUCAUUGUCCAACUCUGCACCAGAUGGUAUUAUCACCAUGGAAUUAGCUAAAGGCAGUGUUUUAAAUGAAGAGAUGAGAAGAAAGUCACAAGGUUCCUCUUCACAUUCUGAUGUCUUAGUUACAGAAAGCAGGGGGAGAAGUCAGAGUAGAGGUCCAGGUAACAAAGGGAAGCAUCGAAGUAAAUCCAAAGGAAAGUUUGCUGAUUUUGAGUGCUAUCAUUGUGGUAGAAAAGGGCACACAAUACGAUUCUGCAGGCAAUUGAAAAAGGAGAAGAAGAAGAAGAAGAGCGAUUACAACAAUCAAAAGAACCAUAAGAAAGAUGAGGGUGGUAAUGGCAAUGCUGAAGUUAACACUGCUACCGAUGAGUUCCUGAUUUGUUCUGAUCUUGAUAUGGUCAACAUUACACAUGAUGAUUCCAGUUGGGUUGUUGAUAAUGGUGCUACGUGUCAUGUAACAUCACAGAGGGAUUUUUAUUCAUCUUACACUCCAGGUAACUUUGGUAAUGUUAGGAUGGGUAAUAAUGGACUAUCAAAGAUUGCAGGCAUCGGAGAUAUUUGUUUGAAGUUUGACACUGGGAUAGAGUUGGUUUUACAUAAUGUAAAACAUGUUCCAGAUAUGAGACUUAAUUUGAUCUCCGCAGGCUUACUUGAUGAUGAUGGUUACAGCAACAACUUUGGUAAUGGAAUAUGGAAACUCACUCGUGGUUCUUUGAUCGUGGCUAGAGGUAAAAGAUGCUCAAAGUUGUACAUGACACAUCCGAAGAUCUUCAAGGAUAGGGUCAAUGCUGUGGUGAACACUGACAUGACUGAUUUAUGGCAUAAGAGACUUGGUCACAUGAGUGAAAAAGGGAUGUCUCUUUUGUUGAAGAGAAAUGUGUUACCGGGUGUGCAUGAUAUUCAUCUAAAGAAGUGUUCUCACUGUUUGGCAGGUAAACAGAACAGGGUUUCCUUUAAGAGCCAUCCUCUUUCCAGGAAGGAGAGUAUACUUGAUUUGGUGCAUUCUGAUGUUUGUGGUCCUAUGAAGACUAGGACACUUGGUGGUUGCUCCUACUUUGUCACAUUCAUUGAUGAUCACUCCAGAAAGGUAUGGGUUUAUACCUUGAAAUCUAAAGAUCAAGUAUUUGAGGUGUUUAAGCAGUUUCAUGCCUCGGUUGAGAGACAGACUGGAAAGAAGCUCAAGUGUAUUCGGACAGAUAAUGGAGGGGAAUACAUUGGCCCCUUUGAUGCUUAUUGUAGAGACCAUGGUAUUCGACAUCAAAAGAGUCCUCCCAAGACACCGCAGUUGAACGGAUUAGCAGAGCGGAUGAACAGAACUUUGAUGGAGCGUGUCAGAUGUUUGUUGUCACAUGCAGGGCUGCCAAAUUCAUUCUGGGGAGAAGCUUUGAAUACAGCGGUACAUGUUAUUAAUCUAACUCCUUGUGUUCCUUUGUCUUUUGAUGUACCUGACAGGGUUUGGAGUGGCAAAGAUGUUGUAACACUUGAGAUUUAAUAUAAACGGAUUAAUAGUACUACUCAUACCAACAGAGGUGCAUCUCCUUUUAAGGGAGCUCAUCACCCAAGAACUCCAAAGUUAAGCGUGCUUGCACGGGAUUAGUCUUGGGAUGGGUGACCCCCUGGGAAGUUUCUCAGGGCGCGCAUGAGUGAGGAUGAAAGAUCAAAGCUUGAUGUGAAGUCCAAACCAUGUGUUUUCUUGGGUUAUGGCCAAGAUGAGUUUGGUUACAGAUUAUAUGAUCCAGUCCACAAGAAACUUAUUCGAAGCCGAGAUGUUGUGUUUGUGGAAGAUCAGACCUUGAAAGAUGCUGAGAAGAAAGAUACAGUUCCUCAACAUAAUGAUGAUGUUACUGAUUUGGAUCCAGUGCCUCCUCAGCAUGUAGAAUCACCUCUUGAUAAUGAUGUUCAGAAUGAUGAACAACAUGAUACUGAUGCUCCAGAACAGCCAGAGGUGGAUGAAGAAUUUCAUUCAGAGAUACCAGUACUAGACGUGCCACCAUUUGUCCCACUUAGGCGGUCUACAAGAGAUCGUCAUCCUUCCACCCGUUUUUCAGCUAAUGAGUAUGUCUUACUCACUGAUGGGGGAGAGCCUGAGUGUUAUGCAGAGGCCAUGGAAGAUGAGCACAAAAGGGAGUGGGUUGAAGCCAUGCAAGAUGAGAUGAAUUCCUUACAUGAGAAUAAUACAUUUGAGUUGGUGAAGUUGCCUAAAGGCAAGAGAGCUUUGAAGAACAAGUGGGUCUACAAAGUGAAGACUGAAGAGCACACCUCACAACCUAGGUACAAGGCUAGAUUGGUGGUCAAAGGGUUCAGUCAAAGAAAGGGUAUUGAUUUUGAUGAGAUUUUCUCUCCGGUCGUGAAGAUGGGAUCUAUUCGUGUUGUUCUGGGUUUGGCAGCCAGCCUUGAUCUUGAGGUUGAACAGAUGGAUGUCAAAACAGCUUUCCUUCACGGUGACUUGGAUAAAGAAAUCUACAUGGAGCAACCUGAAGGGUUUCAGGUUAAGGGAAAAGAAGGCUAUGUGUGUAGACUUCAAAAGAGUCUUUAUGGGUUGAAGCAAGCACCAAGAUAGUGGUACAAGAAGUUUGAGUCAGUUAUGGGGGAGCAAAAUUACCGAAAGACAACUUCAGACCAUUGUGUUUUCUUCCAGAGGUUUGGUGAUGAUGAUUUCAUCAUUUUAUUGUUAUAUGUUGAUGACAUGUUAAUUGUUGGCAAGAAUGCAGAAAGAAUUACUCAGCUGAAGAUGCAAUUGAGCAAGUCUUUUGCUAUGAAAGACUUGGGGCCAGCAAAACAGAUUCUUGGCAUUCGAACGGUGGAGAUCGGGUGUUGAGGUCCGGAGGUCGGGUUUCGUUGGUCUGGACAGUAGCUAUUUUUCUGGUGAUAUUUUUCUUAUCUUGGCUCUAUUUGAUUCCAUACACCUUGAUGUGCUUACUUCCAAGGAUAUGAUGAUUUUGUAUGCCUCUAGUAUUAUCUAGAGAAGACUUUGUACUGAUCCUUUGAUGAUGAUAGUGGAUUUAAGCGGCCAAAAUGGUCCCGUGGUUUUUCCCUAGUUAACGGGUUUUCCACGCUAAAAUUCCGGUGUUUGUGUGUGGUGUGUGCUUACUGUUUUAGCUGAAUAUAUUGGUGUGUGGCAGAAAUAUUGUGUGUGUUCUAAUUGCAUUAAGAACACCCUAUUUAUUUGCAUCCUCAAAGGUUCAUUCAAGUUGGGGAAAGUUUAG